AUGGGCGCAAGUGCUUUCCUGUCUUGAGAAAGUCUCUCGAGCCUAUACUAUACAAUACCCUCAAACAAAACGAGAUUGAAUUCUUCACAGAAUGGUUCAAGGUCCUCCGUCCAGAGUUACGACCGUACGAGUAGGGGUCUCUUCGUGCACUCACCUCGCGAUGAGGGAGUCCAGGGACCCGUGUGAUUGACUGGCAAUGUUCUGCUUCAAGGUUUCUAACCUCCUAGUCCUCAGAGGCAUACUCGAUCAUCUAACGGCGACUGAUGCCUCUGCAUUCCUCUUUGCAACUCGCUUGAUAUCUAAGGUAUCUCCGAAAACGAAGUGUAGAUAUCUUCACCUUCUCAGAGAUAUACCGGAGCAUAUGACCUGGAUCGAUGCGAAGAUCAGAAACGGACACAAGGCUUUCAUUAUUGGAAACGAUCUCCGCAAACUCCGACGUAGAAUAGAGCAGCCAGCGUCAUACAACGGGGAGAAAACCAAAAUCUACAUCUGGCUUGCAAUUAUUCCUAUACACGCUGUGACGUCGACAAUCAAAGCAACCAACGUCGAAGAAACGUAUCUCAUGGACUGGAAUGGCAGGUCCCAUAGACGGGAUGAUUUAUACGACCUUUUCGGAAGGCACGAUCAAGACCUAUUUCCUUACUCAUCUGGUCUGUCGGAACCGCCGUACCUGUCGACGAUGUUUGCCCCCUGUACUCCCAUCAUGCGCCCGAUCUCCAAAAAUGCAGAUCAUGGAGAUUGGUACCUCAGCCCAAUCCCGAACGAGAGCAAUAUCGGGGUCAUCUUCAUAGCUUCAGCUUCUGCGUGGAACGAAGGACUCCAUGUGCAUAUGUCUGCAUCGUUGAGCGAGGCGGCUUCGCCACAGUCGAACGUACUUACCACCGACCAACCCAGCGUCGCAUACUUCGACAUCAACGACGAUAGGGAAGGGGUGACGCAUACAUACUCAGGAAGAGUCAUGCAACGUUGCCUCGAUGAAGGAUUUGUUCCAAUCAUAAUCACACCUGGAUCUCCAUUUGAAAGCCAUUAUGGAGACGAGAACAAAAAGCAUUGGGUUGUACCAGCCUGGAGCCUUCCUAAAGAUGGCAAGGAAUUGUUGACCGCGAACAUAUAAGGAUAUCUUGAUUGCACCAAACCUACUAUUCACCAUAUCCAAUAUGCUUUCCAUACUCAUUACCUUUCUGAUCAUAUGUUUCCCCAUGAUCUUGCGCGUGCUGCAGAAUCUCUGGCCUUCUCUAUUCGCGUACUU